UUUACCAUUUACUUCACGUAAAAGUCUUAAAAGUACAUAAGUAAAGUUGUUGAGUGUUUGUUUCUCACGGCCAUUCCCGUUUUUACUUCGGAUUCGAUUCUUUGAUAAUUUAAAGGAGUAAUGAAAAUAUAGAAUAUGUGAAUAAUUAGACGACUUGCAUUCAAGCCUUAAUUUGUAAAAUUUUAAAACAGGAGAAAAUUUGUAUUUGUUUGUUGUGUGUACAUAAUUUACGCCUAUCGUCUCGUUUCAUCAUUCCCUUUUUCAAUUUGUGCGUUAAAUUAAAAGAGAAACGAAAAGAAAAAUAUUUCAGUUAGCGUAAAUAUAGAAAAAACAACAUAAAAAUAUAAAACGUUGUGUUGGGGAAUAUGCCUGUCUAGAAGCGUCCUUGUUAUUUACAUAUAGUCCGAAGGACCCCGUCGCAGAUGAUAUAUUCAAUAACAUCGGGGUCUCAACAAAUGAAUUUAUAGUAGACCCACUAAAUUUCUAUUCGCACAGCUAUAAUGGCGGGAAACCUGGUAAAGUGGUGGAAACAUAAAAUUCUUGGAGGAUAUAAACAAUUUUCUGUGCAAGAAUGCGCUACAGAUUCGGAGGAAUUAAUCUAUAAUCAGGUACGCGCUUCGUCCUCCUGCAGUGCACCCCCGGAUUUGCUUUUGGUUAGCGAUCGCGAAAACAAUAUUCCUUUAAGAUCUGAAAUAGCUCCUGGUAUAAAUACGUUGGCAACACCUAAUAAUUGCCCCGCGGUCAGCUCAAGUAAUAAUAAUCCAAAAGACCCCCAGCAACAUCACCCACCCCAACAGCAUCUCCAAAAGCAAUCUUCUGCUUCAUAUAACAACUACAAAGAGGCAAAUGUAAAACAUCAAACUAAAAUCACAAGCAGCAGGCAAUGUGCAGCAACGGCAGAGUAUGUGCAGCAACAGCAGUUGGAUAAUGAGGGGCAACUGGACACACAACAAAAUAAUUCAUCAGCACGCCACGCACACCGCCAUCAACCGCGCCCUGAUGAACAUAUAAGACUAGAGGAAUUCACGUGCGAUGUUUCAGUUGAAGGUGGCAAAUCAUCACAGCCUUUGCAGUUUUCUUUUACAUUCUACGAUUUAGAUGGGCAUCAUGGCAAAAUUACUAAGGACGACAUUGUGGGUAUUGUGUACACCAUAUAUGAAUCAAUUGGUAAAUCAGUCGUGGUACCUCACAGUGGCAGUAAAACGAUCAAUGUCCGCCUUACGGUAUCACCAGAUGAUAAAACGUCGAAAUCUUCUAAAGUAACAAAAAAGGUUGCGCCAAGUUCCUUCACGUUUGAACAGCAAAAUAUUGCAUCGCAAAAGGAUACAAACAAUGCACCUGCACGUCGUCUGCAUCGUUACAGGCCGCGCAAAAUCAUAAAGUCUGACGAGGAAGACGAUGACAGUAAUAGCGAUAAAGAACGUGAAAUACCUACGACACAGAUCAAUACUAGUGCCAAUAUCCUACUACCGUCCAAAAAUGGAAGAGUCUCUUCGAAGCCACCGAAGGGAGAGCAGCCCUGUUGUUUGGUGCCGCCAGAGGGUGUUCAGACGGCAAACCCCGAUGAUAGUAUAUAUGACCAAUUGAAGAAAGACCCCCCCAUUCUUGACACUUGUCGAGAAUGUGAAACUCAAAAUGUUGCCAUUUAUCCUAUACAUAACAAAUCUGCAGAGAAUGAGGCCUAUUUGAAAAACGUGACUUCAACGCGAAUAAAAUUGCACCGAAAAUCGCGAAAACAAAAGUAUCAUCAAGAGUGCAUGCAAACACGGCAACGUAGUCUGUCGGUUGGCAACGAGACCUGUUGGAAUAACCGUCAUUUGCAGAAGGCGGCAAAUCAAAAUCAUCAGUUGCCCUGGAUGGCUGCCCAACAGCUGCAUACUACGGACGUUCUAGAUGGUGUCCAGUUGCGGAAUCCAUUUCAGCCCAUGGAUGUGAACGUGUCACAGAAGCGCAAUUCGGCAGAGUGCUGGAAAACAGCACUGAAUCGAAACGAUCUUAUUAGCAUCAUUCGAGAGAGCAUGGAGAAGAACCGUUUGUGUUUUCAACUGAACGGAAAACCCCAGGCGAAUGUGAGUCCUAUCCGUCAGCAAUCUCAACGUCAGCAUCCAUUGCAGACAAUGAAACAGUCACAAAGUCAAACAAGACAAAAGACAAAAAUUCCUAUGCUCAUUGCCAAACACAAUAAUCGGUCGACAAGUUUUUCAAAUAACAACGACUUAAUUGGUAGUGAACUUCAACAAAAUAGCAACAGCAUUUAUCAUCUCCAGCCAAAUGGACCCGUCUUCCAACAACAUAUGGGAUUGAAUGCCGCGGCUUUAACAGCUCACAAUGCCGUUCCCAUGCAUAAUGGUUCGGGUGUAUCAUCUGGUCAACAUAGUAAAAUGAACCUCUGUGGUUAUGAUUCAUUUUUGCAUGCAACAAUUUGUGGAGGGCGGCUGAACCCAGCGUCACCUACGCAAACUCCUUUGGCCAAUGCGCCAUUGACGUUUCAUCAUACUCAACCACAGCAACAGCCAAUAGCGACCGCAACUGUUCAACCUAUGGUUUCAACAUUUAACUCCAAUCCCCCAUGUGUUCCCAAGCAAAUGGGACUCUCGCAAGGUCCCAAUAAUAGCAGCAAACCCAGUAGUAGGGUUGUGCGGAAUGGAUCUCUCUCUCAAAUUCAUACCCAUGGGGGGUUCAGCUCACCCAAUUCACCCCAAUAUCAUGGUUAUCAGCGUCUACCGUCGGGCAUUAAGAACGGCAUAUUACAUUUGAAUAUGUCUGAGCAAGGUCCAGAUAAGCUGCAGCUGCAGAAUGAAUGCUCCGAAAAGUUCCGAUCAAAUCAAAUACAAAAUUAUGAUCUGUAUGCCAAAUUAACCGAAAAAUUGCAGAGAACUAGCUUAGCGGCCUCCAACAAAGAAAACGCCCAUCGUCGGUAUAAACACCGGGGAAUGCACCAUCGAAGAAUAAAUGCAGGCUCUGCCACCGUGCACGAGAAUGAAAUGUGCCCCCAAGCGGCUGAUGUAUCAGCCAAGUCUAACGAAUACACCACUCUCAUGCCAUUUUGUGAGGAUGUAGAAUUUCAAAAUCUCAUUGGCCAAACAAGUGAUGAUGACAGUCAUUCGCAGCAUGAGAUCGUGGCCCAUGAAACCAAUGAAAAUGAAAAUAUUGCCGGUGUACCAUCUUCCAGCACAAGGCACGUUGCUGAAGGCACAUUAGUCGACCUAGAGGAUCUUGAUGUGCCAUCAUCCGCAAUCAAUGUUGGCGAAAACUCCAACAGUAAUAAUAUCUUAGUUGCAAGUCCAAAAGAAGAUAGCGAAUCGCACAUAGAGGAUGAAGUGGAAAUCGAUGACGAGUUGGAUGAUGAUCUCGCCGAUUUAGAUGAGAUUGCGGCCAACCAAAGUGACCGCAAUAGCCCCAUCAGCAAUGAGGCUAACGAGGCAACCAUUGUCCAUACUAACGGCGCCAAUACAAGUACAACGUCUUCCCUAAUCCAUAGAUAUGUACAUGAACACAUACAUCAUCACUACCAUCAUUUUGAAGAGAAAGACGAAUGAUAUUCCACAGAUGCUAAUAAUGUGUAAACAAUGGCUACAUACUACAGUAGUUUUGAUCUGCCUGCCAAUCGCCAAAGUGCGAGUUGGAUGUUUCUGCAAAAAAAGUAAAAAAAAACACAAGAUCCAAUUCUGUGACUGGUGGGCGAAUCAUCGAAACCUGUUUUGGCAGCCACGUCAAAACUAUUGUAUUCUUAUCUUUAUCACUUCUGCAUUGAGAUGUUCUUGAAAGUUAAGCUCUGCCGCUUGUCCGUGUUAUUUUUAGUGUACAUUAAUUUUUGUUUCUUCAAACACAAUUGCGCUAUGAAUGUACGUACUAUGUGUGUCGCAAAUCCUAUUAUCACAAUAAAGUAGUGAUAAGUAACAAUUAUUGCAAGUUUCCCCUAAGACAUUCGAAUAGUAUUUAAUAUAUGUUUUUUUUUAAUUUAAAUGUAAAAAUCAAAGCCUUCAGACUAUAAUAAGUGUGUUUUCUCUUCCAUACCCCUGAUAAAAAAAAAGUUGAUGUGAUGUUGGCGAUCAAGCCCCCCAAGGCGGCGUGGCAACCCCAAGGCACAUUUAAUAUUAACAAAACAAACAAAAAAUGCUACUCUCUUCCACUUUUUAUUAUAAAUUUAAAUUAAGCGCAUGUAUUUCAUUUUGUACGCGGUAUGCGAACAAAAUGUUGACUUUUGUCACAGCCUCUAAGAUAUGAAUAACAAUACUAUGGACUAGUUAAAUUAUCGUACUAUAAGUUUAAAAACUAAUCUACUAAUCGAAUAAAAAACUAACGCAGCAUUUGCAAAGCUUUCUUCCUACUAUACAUGUUUACUGGUGAGCCAUCUAGCUCACCUCCCCCCCCCCCC